AUGGCUUUGUCUGAGAUAAGCGUUGCUGUCGUCGGCUUAGGGGCCUUUGGGCUUGUUGCGCUCAAGAACCUGAGGGAGGAAGGGUUCAAUGCGACCGGAUUUGACCGAAAUUUGUACGUGGGCGGUCUCUGGCAAUUCACCGAGAAAGAUCAAACAUCGGUCCUAGAGUCUACAACUGUGAAUAUCUCGAAAGAGAGGGGCUGCUUCACGGAUUUUCCGUUUCCAAAAGGCAAGCAUCGGCAUAUAAGUUCCCAUGCCUCUGCGGCAGAUGUCCAGAAGUACCUUGCCGAUUAUGCGGCUCAUUUCGAGCUUCUGCCCUACAUACAGCUGGGAGCGACCGUGUUGAGCGUGACCAGAGAUGACCAAAGUAAGAAAUGGGUGUUGCAUGUCGUUGGUGCCGACGGAGCGAGCAGUCUGCUCUCGUUUGCUAAAGUUGUGGUGGCCACCGGGACUAACAACAGACCUGUGGUACCAACUCUGAAGGGCCAAGAGUUGUAUAAAGGGCAAAUUCUACACUCUUGGAGUUUCAAAAGGCCAGUGCCCUCUGACUACCAGGGUAAACGAGUGAUGGUUGUUGGCAUAGGCAAUUCCGCGGCGGACACUGCCACAUCGCUGGUGGGGAUUGCGAAAAAGAUUUUGCUGUCCCACCGGCAUGGCGCGUACAUAUUACCCAGGUCACAGCCCGACGGACAACCACUCGACCACAGCCUUACGUACAGAAAAACGAGAGUGUCACUAGCGAUCCAGCGGUAUCUCCCGCGACAGUGGGAGGCCAUGAGUAACAACAUGCUGGGCCAGAUCCAGAAUGCGGCAUUUAAACUGAAACCUGAAUGGCGCAUCAACCCCGCACCUUCCUUCGUCCAUAGUGUACCAACGGUAACGGAUACCCUAAUUCCAGCGUUGGAGAAGGGAGAGAUUGAGUCUGUUGAGAUGGCCAAAGAAAUCGCCGGUGAUUUUUCCGUGGAAUUGGCGGACGGGGAGGUUGUAGAAGUCGACACGAUCAUAUGGUGCACUGGGUAUCAUGUUGACUACAGCAUCGUUGGCGACCUUGAUCCCACGCUCGAGACAAGGCACACAGACGUCUCAGACAGGGCCUUGGAAAUGGUGCCACCCCUAUUGACAGCAAGCUCAGCCUCCAAACCAACCCGAUUCGAACCACCGAUUCCCAGACUGUAUCAAAAUCUCCUCUCGCUCACUCACCCGGAUUCCCUCGCUUUCCUCGGCACAGCAGCAAUUCCAUCGGCCGCGUUCCAAAUUUACGACCUCGCCACUAUGGCUAUUGCGCAAUUAUGGAAGCCAGGUGAUUCUUCGCCGUCGCUCCCUUCCCGCCAUGAAAUGAUCACUUGGGUUCGAGGCCACCUCGCCUGGGCAAACGCCAUCUUGGCUCGGGGGGCCUUCAACACUCGUAUGGUAUAUGCACCUGACUGGAAUGAUUGGCUUGAUGAAACGUCAGGCUGUCGAGUGAAUGAGCACUUGGGCUACGGGCGCAAAGGUUGGGCGUUCUGGUGGAACGACAGAAAAUUCUGCAACGCCCUCAUGGAUGGGAUUUACAGUCCGCAUGUCUAUCGAUUGUUCGACAGCAACGGCCGCCGGAAGGUAUGGGCUGGCGCAAAAGAGGCGAUCAUCAGCGUUCAUGAGGAAGCUAAACGGAGACGCAAAGAGCACAUGUAG